CUCCCGCUCUCUUUCCUCUCGCCGUCGCCGUCUCCGUCUCGUUUCUUCUCCUUGGGCAAAAGGCAGGCUACCCUUUUUCUGUGUCUCCCCUCCGUUUCCCACCCCGAAACCUGAUCGCCGAGGACCACCGCGGGAGUUCCUCUCCACCCGUUCUCCUCGCGCUCCGUCGCACAAGUACUCAUGAAGAAUCAAGAGGCCUUCAAGUCGGGAAAUCUGAUUUUAGACAAUGAUUCGUUAUUAUCAGAUUGUAACAUUGACGCAGGCAAUAGCGUUGACAAUGAUACAUCCUUGCGUGAGGAGCUUCUCCUUGAGGAGAUGGAGUCUUAUUGGGAUGACCUCAACUCCCGUCUUACUGUCUCAAGAAUGGUAAGUGACUCUGUCAUCAAAGGGAUAGUAAAUGCAAUAGAACUGGAGGCAUCUGAGAAAGUUGAUACAAAGGAAGCAGAGAUAUCAGCUUUGAAAAAGAGGUUGCAGUUUUAUGAGUCUGUUAUGGCUGAUGAGAACAGGAUAGAUGCGACCUCAACAAAGAUGUUAGAAUCCCAAAGGGAAAAAUCAGGCUUGUUUUUUCACUCUUUGGAUCAAGAUGUGGUGAGCAAUUGUGUUCAACAUCUCAGUCAAUUAAAGGUGGCUGCACAAGAUUAUCUUAAAAGGCCUAAGAAAGAAACUAGUAAUCUAAGGGGUGGCCAUCCUUUAUUAAAAGCUAAAGUGUGUCCUGUGUAUAAGGAGUUCUGCAGCAUUCUUGCUCAGAAGUUGAAUGUUAUAGAUGGAUCUGCUGAUGAACUGGAAGCAGUACUCAUGGCAACACAGCAGGAAAUUUAUGAUGCAUGCUUCUCGUCCGAGUAUUUAGUAAAUGAGCAAUUGUGGGAACACAGGUUUCAACAAGAAGUCAUUAGCAUUAUGGUUCAGAAUCUAGUAAGGGAAGAUCAAGAUGAUAUUGAAGCAAAGAUAAGUAAACAAAAGAUUCUUGUAGACACAUUUACCAAGAACUGGCAGAAAAACAUUAAUGAUCUCUCCACCAUGCACCAAGAGCUUCAUGAUAUUUCUGCAUCAUUACUGACCUCAGAGUCAGGGUUAGCAUUCUCACGUCAUAGCCCUGAAGAUGCUGUGAAAUUGACAACUACUGACACCUCACAUUUAAAUCAUAUGACAAAGGCUGAACUGAUAACCAAUUAUAUAACUCAAAUGGCCAAUAUGAAGAGACAAUAUGACUUAGCUUUGCAAGAGAAGACAGAGGAAUUGUACAUCCUCAAGCGUGAAUUCCUUAAGGAAAAGGGAUGUAAUGCUCUACAAUAUAGAAGAGACAAGGAAGGUGAACUGUUAAGGAAGAAAAUUAUUGGGUUUAUCUCAAUGCUGGAUAAUAUUCUCUUAGAGAAUGAAAAAUUGUCUGUUGUCCAAAGUCAGCAGAACAUGUUACAUAAUCUGAGUCAGAGGAUCGGUGUCCUGCUACUUGAAAACCAGCAGCUAAAAUAUUUGUUAGUAGAAAAGCGAAUGGAAGUCAUUCAUGUUGCUGCACUGGUUUCAAAUGUCAUAAACCGAUCAGCAAAUUGUUCAGAAGUAGAGGAAGACCUCUUGGAGCAUCAUAAGGAGUUCAAGUCGGAUGCAGAAGAUAGGAUAACAGAAACCAUGAUCAGAGACAAAAUAGAGAAGAUUCUUCUAAGAGAAUUAGUUGAUGAACUUGAAAUUGGCAUCAAAUACUUAGAUUUGGAGUGCAAGAUGUCACAGGAUAUCAGUUUCACUUUGUGUAGGGAAUAUUUAGAAGAUGUCGUUUCUAGCAUUAAUUCCUUUGUCGAGAAACAUUACAGAGAGAAGGAUUCCUUUACAACAUUAGUUGUGGAAAAGGAGAUGGCACUAUCUUUGCUGAUGGAAGAAAACGAGAAGUUGAAGCAGGAAAAAGACUUGCUAUUGACAUUAAUUAAUGAAAAAGAGAAAUUAUUAUUUGAGACUGAGGUUAAGGCAAUGAAGCAAAAGGAGUACCAUGACAAUGUGUGCCAUGAGCUUAAUAUGCUGAGAGAACAGCUGGGAAAUCAAUCACUUCAUAUUUCAGAUUGUAAGAAAGACAAUGAUUCAAUGAAAGAAAAAUUGGCUGAGAUGUUGAAGCAAGUUCCACAAUAUGAAGCUGAGUUACGAAAAAUAAACCAAAAAUAUAAAGUUGCAUUGGAUUCUCUGGAGAAACUAGAAAAACAAAAGAACUUUCUUCAUGAACUUGUCGAAGAAAAGCAAAUGAAACUAGAAUUAGCUGUUGCUAGAGAAGAGGAGCAUUCAAAAUUUAUGACAACUGUACUUAGUUCCAUCAAGGAGUUAUCAGAAACCAUUUUGCAAUCUGAAUGCAGUUUGACUAACAAGCUUGGAACUCAUGAAUCAAGGUUAGAAUUUCUUGGCCAUCAAUUCAUUGGCCUUUUUCAACAGGCUAACUACCUUAAGAGAGAGGUUUGUUGGUAUAAGCAAGGAUUUGAAAGAAGAUGUGCUGACCUUCAGAAGGCUGAACAUGAGGUUGAUCUGUUAGGUGAUGAGGUUGAUGUUCUCUUACAUCUUCUUGAGAAGAUACACGUAGCGCUUGAACAUUACUCUCCAGUUUUACAACACUAUCCUGGAGUUGUGGAGAUUUUGAGAUUGAUUAAAAGAGAAAUAAAAAGCAAUACUAUUUGAUUGACUUGACAAUUACCUUACUUUUGUUGAUGCUUGCGCCAUAUGGACUCCGAGCCAUUGGAAAAGCUGUAGAAAUUUUGACUAUGAGUUCUGAAGCCAGUCUACAGUGACUCUUCAGAUAAGUGACAGCCAGACUUGUUUGUGAUGCCGGAAUAUUCAGAAAGUUACAUGUAUGACUGAUACAAGUAUGACUGAUAAGAUGUAUGCCGGAA